GUAGAUCAUCCACCGUUCCGUAAGCGCGCUGAGCGGUGCGCUGGCCCUUUUGUCCUUCUCUUCUGGAGUCGCAACUUCAAAUUUUAAGGCAGGAAAAGACGGUAAAAAGCUGACAAGCCCAAGUUCAGAGCAGGGGUAAAAUGGGAAUAUUAGAAAUACCAUGGGGUUAAGUUCGGGAGACGGAAGUGGUUCCAAUGCAAUCCAUUGUUCCAACCAAGUCUCACCAAACGCGACUAGGCCUGCGACCAUCUGUCUCCGGGCUCUCCGCGGCCUCCAUAAUUUCCGACCGGUGGCGACCGAGUCCCGGCUCUUUGUCCGUUCAAAAAUCAGAAUACUUCGGUCUCCGAUUCGAUUCGAUUCGAUUUGCUGCAUAGCCGGUCCACCGGGUAAUGGACGCGUCUCCGAUCUACGGCCUCCCGCAAGACACUCUCCACCAGAUCUUCUCCCACCUUCCUCUCCGGCAGAUCAUGGUCUGCCGAUCCGUCUGCAAAUUCUUCCACCAGAUCUUGACCUCACCGUGCUUCAUAGACCUCAUCUCCGCCACCCAGCCACCUCUCCGCCUCCUCGCCCUACGGCCGUCUCACCACCACCACCACCACCACCACCGCCAUGGCCAUGCUUCCCCUUAUCCGUCCUUCCACGCCUUCGAUCCCGACCACAACCAGUGGCUCAGAUUCUCCCUCACCUUCCUGCCCUUCAACUCACCCCACCCGGUCGUGUCCUCCGUCGGACUCAUCUACCUGUGGGCCGACUCGCCCGAUUCCACCAAGUCCCUCAUUGCCUGCAACCCCUUGACCGGUCUCUACCGGGUUUUACCCCAACUCGGCUCGGCCUGGUCGCGACACGGCUCGGUCCUGGUGGACUCAGCCAACCGAAUUCUAGUCCUCACCGAACUCGCUGCUCUCUACUUCUCCGGUUCGGACAAUUGGCUUAAGUUUUCGUCAAAUUUACCAUCCAAGCCACGAAGCCCUGUGCUGGUUUCGGACUCGCUUUACGCGCUUUGCGAUGUUGGGUCGCCGUGGAGAAGCCAGUGGAAGCUGUUCUCCUGCACGCUCCAGGGACUACAGAAAUCGCAGGGGUGGAAUUGUCUGGAAAAGCACGAGUGGGGCGACGUGUUCGACAUUUUGAAACGGCCCCGUUUGGUUCGGGGAAUUGGGAAUCGAAUUCUGAUGGUCGGUGGAUUGAAAUCGUCAUUCUCAUUGAACGCUUCGUGUUCGACGAUUCUGAUUCUGAAGUUGGAUUUGGAUUGCCUGGAGUGGGACGAGGCAGGGCGGAUGCCGCCGGAAAUGUUCAGGUGCUUUCAGGAAUCAAGCAAAUUCAAGGUCUUCGGAGCUGGGAAUCGGGUGUUCUUCUCAGCAAAGAGGGUGGGGAAAUUGGCAUUGUGGGACUACUCGGCGGAGGAGGGGAAGGGGGAGUGGAGGUGGAUCGACGGGGUGCCGGGAAACGGCGACGGCCUUUGCAGAGGAUUUGUGUUCGAAGCGCGGCUUGCAGCAUUGCCUUGAUAGGUUGAUUCACCAGCUAGCUAUGCGCCAUGCGGGUUCUAUAUUUAUUGUUAUAUCACUUAGAAAUUGGUAUGUUCACUGCAUCCCCUCUUAGCAGCAUAGCUGUAUUUGCUGCUGCUUCCAUUUUCACAGCUUCUCAUGUUUCUGGUUGUAUUGAUGAUCUGAACACGUAUAUCUGUCACCAGCUGUGGAAUUGUGUGUUUCUUUUGCUUCAAAUUAUGAUAUACUUCUAUUACUAGAGCUA